AUGCCUUUGUUGGUUUCUGAUAACGAGGGCUUUUCUGACGACGAGAGCACUUACUCUGGAACUUCUUCCAAACCAAAGCACCUGCCACUCCCUCUUGCAGCUUCCAUCCCUACCCCAGCGUCUAGGCUCGCUACGGCUUCUCCCCAGCUGCCAGUCUCACGAGGCUCCACGCCAGUGAUUCCAUCGGUGGCUGCGGACCAGGUCAGGAGGUCCAUGAAAAGCACUGCCAUUACUAUUGUCAAAACCGACGGACUUUCGCCCCAGCAGUUCAAACAAGAACGCAGUCAACUUAUGACCAUUAUUGUCAAGUACAUUGCUACUAAGAUUCAGAACUCGUUUCCUCCAGAAUCGCCCCGUAUUGUCAACGCUGACGAGCUUCCUUUGGACAGGUUUCUCUUGUUGUUGACUAGCAGAUUGAAAUUGUCCUUGCCCGUAUUUAUGAAAGGUAUCAUCUAUCUUUUCCGUUACAUGGACAUCAUCUACUUGUUACGGUAUCUUAACCAGUCCAACAACUUUGCUAACUACACCGACAUGGGUUUUGAGUUGAAAAAAUUGAUUGUGGGAUGCUUCAAGUUAGCCAUCAUGAGAGAGAAGAAAAUGCAGGCCCAUGCCCAGUCUGGGGCUGUGGAUAACUACCUCGAUCUCAACUGGCAACGUGUCGCGGGUCUCCCCAACCAAGAAAUCAACACUAUUGUCAAGAAGAUCGUUUCAAGAAUGAACGGCAAGUUGAAUAUCAAGAAUAUCGAGCUUGUCAAAUUGAAAUCGGAAAUUUUCCGUUUUGUUAAGAUGGUUGCAACCGAGGUUUGA